AUGGAUUCAGGUGAGAGUAUCCAUCACAUGUAUUCCAGAUUUACUAGUUUAAUUAAUCAGCUUAAAGGAUUAGGAAAAACCCUUCCAUCUACGGAAUUAAAUCGAAAAAUUUUGCGUUCCCUUCCGAAAGAAUGGCUUCCAAAAAGGAUAGCCAUUGAGGAAGCAAAGGACCUUCAAAUUCUGUCGGUUGAUGAAUUAAUAGGUUCUUUGAUGAGUUAUGAACACGUCAUUCAACAAGUUGCUAGAGAUGACAAAAAGCGUGCCCGUAAUUUGGCUUUCAAAUCCCAAACUUUUGAUUGUGAUUCUGAUAGUGAAGCAAAUAUUGAUUUUGAAAAGGAGUUUUCUUUAGUUAGUAGAAAAUUCCACCAAAUGCUCAAAUAUAAAAAUGAGCAAAAGAAGCAGCGUAGAUGUGGUACUGAGAGCUUUAAUUCUUAUGAUCAUAACCAAUCAAUUUCCCAAGAUAGGCUGCUUGUACAGCAGACCAGAGUUUCAAAUGCAGGAACAUAA